CGUCGCUCAUAUAUGCGAAUCAGUCCGCAAAAAUGUCGCGACAAGUGCCAUCGUUCAUUUUGCUGCGCAUUCCUCUCUUUCUUUGCUCGACGAUUAUUUUUAUUAACGCGGGAUGUGUCGAUAGCUUUUCCGAUCGCUGCUCGGAUUUGGUUCGGUUCGAUGUCGACGAGAUCGAGAAUCAUCUGUCGAAAUUAAAUCUCACGGAUGUGUCUACUGUGAAAAUAAUGGCCGCUGGAUUCAAGUGUCCGACCUCCGCUUUGCCCUUUGGCACCCUGAAGUCCGACUGGUCCAGGAUGCUGCUGCUUCGAGAUGCUCAGCCCGAAGGCUCGAUCAUCAAACGUAAACUCGUCCGGCUGAUGCGUAUCUUGAUAAUCGCUUAUUAUCAAAUGGAGGAACAUUUCGAAGCAACGGAUUCUGAUGCGAUGCAAAACAAGUCUCCGAUGAAAGAAACGAAGAAGACAGCCCUAUCAUCGGCAGCGGAUGACACCAGCAAACUGCUACCUUCGAAUAUCAGUUGGAUAAAUGAGACUUUUAAUAACAAUGUCGAUCCUUAUGAUUCGAGCACCACGAGAACCGACACCACGACCGUAAAGAACUGCUCGAGCUCCAGCGUCGUUCCUUUCGAGAUCAGAUUGAAAUAUGAAAAUGUCACUCAAUCGCCGACCGAUCUUACCUCGAAUCGUCCGGAAAAUACUUCCCUCAUCCCGAGAAAUUUCACCUUUAAAAUACUCGAUAAUUGUUUGAAGCAAUCUUUGAAUGACAUCGCGCGCAGGCAACCAAAUCGCGGCCAGGUUUUCGAGUUCUUGAAGAAUAAGGCCAAGUAUAGCGAGCGCGCGGCUCCGAGAGAAAACGAGAUCGACGAUUACGAGGGAUAUCGCACCAGGAUAUCGUCGCCGACGAAUGAGUUCUGGAGGUACGCUUCGGCGUUUUCCACGGACGCACCCUUUGCUAAACGAGCUUAUCGGAUGUGGGGAUCGAACAGAUUCAGGACGAGUCUUCGGAAGUCGCGAAAACGCGCGAAAUCGGAUGUCAAUGUUAACGAGAACUUGAGGCAAUUUUAUGGUGUCGAGAAAAAUGAAGCGAUGAUGAAAAAAUAUACGAGCGACAGAAAUAACAUCGCGAUCGAACGCGAAGGGAAAAAAGUGACAGGAUGACCGAGAAGAAAUACAAUAUACGUCAUUUCUGCAUUUUGCGCACAAACGUCCUUCCACGAUUUUAUUAUCUGACGGGCCCCGAGCUUCGCUAAACGGACAACGCUUGCACAUAUUUUGCGGCAAAUCUCAAUAAAAUUGAUCUUUCAAUAUA